AUGUUAUCUCCUUGUGUCUCUUCUGCAGCGCCAAUCUGUUCUGUCUCAGCUUCUGUGCCGCUGUCUCCACACUCGUUGCAGCAGGAGACAAGAGACUCAAGCACAGCAGCAGCAGCACCAGUAGUAGCAAAAACAACUAAAGACACGCAGCAGCUGCCGCUGCACCUGCAGAUAGAGCAGCUGCAGCAGCAGCAUCAGCUGCUGCAUCAACAGCAGCUGCAGCUGCAGCAACAGCGGCAGCAACAGCAACAGCAGCAACAGCAUCAGCAGGUGCAGCCGCAGCAACAGCAGCUGCAGCAACAGCCGCUGCAGCAACAGCAGCUGCAGCAACAGCACCAGCAGCUGCAGCAACAGCACGAGCAGGUGCAGCUGCAGCAGCAGCAGCUGCAGCAGCAGCAUGUGCAGCAGCAGCAGCUGCAUGGUGAGCCAGGGGAGACAGGCAAGGAGAUGCUUGGCCGUGUCUCCCUUUUAGAUGGCCUCUAG